AUGACCACCACCAGCGACAGUGUCACCAUCGACCCUCGCGGUGACAUCCGUCUCCAAGUCGGCCGCGACGACGUCGACCAUGCCGACAACGAAUCAUCCUCCUGGCAGCACGCCGAAUUCCUCGUCUGCUCCCGCGCGCUGGCCCGCGCCUCGCCCAUCUUCGACCGCAUGCUGUACGGCCCCUACGCCGAGGCCGCGCACGCCUCCCCCGACUGGAGCGUCGCGCUGCCCGAGGACAAGCCGGCGCCGAUGCAGGUGCUGCUGCAGAUCGCGCACGCCCGCUUCUCCCGCGUGCCGCCCGUGCUGUCCGUGGACAACCUGCACGACCUCGCGGUGCUGACCAACUACUACGACGCCACGGCGCUGCUGGCGCCGUGGAUCGGCGGCUGGAUGGCGGAGCUGGCGGAGAUUUCGCACGACGCCAACGUCAUACAGUCCAAGCUCCUCUGGAUCGCAUGGGAGUUUGGGCUGAGGGACGACUUUGGCAGCGUGGCGCACCGGAUGCUGACGGAGGAGCCGCCGCAGCCUGCCGCCGACGCCAGCCCAGCUGCCGCUGAUCAGGUUCAAGCUCCUCACAUUAUCGGUAACGACAACCCCCCCCCCCCCUACUUUCUAACUCAAUCUUCAGAAUCCAUCUCUUCCAUCCGGCUGCGGGCCAUCCAGCAACUCCUCGACAUCGUCGCCGACGUCGUCUCGCGCCUUACCGGCACCGACGACCACGCCCCGCGGUGGUGCCGCCACGCCGCCCGCGUCGACCAUCGCCAGUGCGAGCUGAUGAUCCUGGGUUCGCUCAGCUUCUGCCUCGCGCGCGCCGGCAUCUGGCCGCUGCCGACCGCCGCCGCGCAUGUCCGGCUCAGCCUCGGCGAGCUGCACCGCGUGCUGACGAACCUGGUCAUCCACGACAUCGGCGCCGAGCCGGGGGACCCGCGGCUCGACCACGAGACGUGCAACCCGGCGCCGCUUCUGAUGCAGCGCGUCAGGCACGUCAUGCUGAGCAUACCGAGUCCCGUGACGGAGUUUCACGUCAGUCAUCUGGAGAGGAGGGCGAGGAAGCUGCGGCACGGCUCGGCUAGGUGA